GCUUAAGGUAACUUGUAGAAAAUUAGCAGCGCUGGGCCGCUGGGAUUCCGGGCAACAUAUAAGUUCACAUUUUCCUUUUUGGGAUGUCCCUUAUUUAAGUUCACAUUUCCAUUUUAGGAAACAAAACAGUGCAAAACAGUGCCAAACAGUAUCAAAAAGUGUCCAAACAGUGUCAAAGAGUGCACUCCACAGUAAAGUCAAAUUCAUUUUCUUAAUAUGUGUGAAGUCAAACUCAGAAUUAAAUAAGAACAGGAGUAAGUACUACGUAAUAAUUACGCGUUCUGGCAGCUUACUUCCUUCAUUGUGAGAAGAUCGAUCGGUGUUCAGCGACGUCUGCUCAAAUUGGAGCAUUUACCGGCAUCCAUAUUGAUAUUUGAAGCCGGAACUCUUAAAUUAUUAAGCCUGGAAUGCAACGCAUCAAUAUCUUAUAAUUCGCGCCUCCAGGGUUCUCUGAUUUUUAUCGGUCCUAAAUCCUCUCCUCACUGCUAGUUUCUCUGGGCGGGUGGAUUUGUUGGGAAGAGAUCGUGAGAAGUAAAUUGUUAGCGUAAAAAACCGAAAACCAUAAAUGGAUGAAGAUGAGGAAGAUAGGGUUUUAUUCAGUAGUUUGGGUGUAACAUCUGCUAAACCAGAAGAUAUUGAGCACAAUAUAUUCAAACAGAAGAUCUGAGAUGGCAGAUGAAGACUCAAACACCCCCAUAAAAAUGUGUUUGGUUAUAUAUUGGGAGUAACUAGGUAUUAUGGCAUUGCCAGGCACAGAAAAACCUUGAUGAGAGCAAUGAAGCUGUAAAGCCCACAAGGAAUGUAGAAGCAGUGACUAUUGAAUACAAUGCUACAUCGUCUACCAAAAGCACAGAUUUGUAUAAUAAACUUAGAGCUGUGGAAGUUGAAAUACAGGCAGUGAAGCAUGGCCUUGAACAAUUAGAGAACCUCAGAAAAAAGGAUAGGCAAGUCUCUCAUAGAAAAGAUGGCGAUGAAGGGAAUGCUUCUGAGACUGAGGAAAGCAGUGCUCAGCCUCGUCUUAAUGAUUUAAAACUUCAGCAUGCUUUGGCUGCUGAUCGACUAAAAAGUCUAUUACAAACCAAAGUUCAACUUGAAAAGGAAAUUCAUGAUUCCACAACUUUCUUAAGAGAUCUUGUUAAGGAAGACCCCAAACCCAAAAAAAGACUGAAAGAAGCGACAAACCCUGUCAAGAAUAAGUCAAGAAGGAUAAAGUUAGCAUCAUUGGAUGAUGAUGAUGAUUUUGAUGCAGUAUUGAAUGCGGCAUCUUCUGGAUUUGUUGAAACAGAAAGGGAUCAGUUGGUGAGAAAAGGAAUUUUAACUCCCUUCCACAAGCUCAAAGGUUUUGAGCGUGGAAUUCAAGAACCAGGGCCGUCCAUUAGGCACAGUAUUCAAGAGAACAGUGCUGGCGGUUCAACUAGCCUAACCAAUGUUAUCAGGUCAAUCUCUGAGGCUGCAAAGUCUAGACCAACUACCAAGCUGCUUGAUUCUUCAUCGUUACCAACACUUGAUCCACCUACCCUUCCUUUUCAAUUUCCAAAAAUAGGAAGACUUGUGAAAAGCUUAGAUUCUUCAGAGAAUGACAGGAAAAGUAAGAGUAGGAUAAGAAGGCCCAAGCCUGGCAAGAAAUGGAGAAUGAAAGCAUCCUCUGUAGACAAAGCUGAUGUAGAACCAGUUUCAAGUAAUGAAGAUGAAAGAGAAGCUGAAAAUGUGGAUGAUGAAAGUUCACCAUUUGUGAUGCUUGAGGGUGGAUUAAAGAUUCAGGAUACAAUUUAUGACAAACUUUUCGACUAUCAAAAGGUUGGAGUGCAGUGGCUAUGGGAACUUCACUGCCAAAAGGCCGGUGGGAUAAUCGGAGAUGAGAUGGGUCUUGGUAAAACAAUACAGGUUUUAGCAUUUCUUGGAUCAUUGCAUUUCAGUAAUGUGUACAAGCCAAGCAUCAUUGUAUGCCCUGUCACUCUACUGCAACAAUGGAAGAGGGAAGCGCAAAAAUGGUAUCCAAGCUUUCAUGUCGAGAUAUUACAUGAUUCAGCUCAUGACCUGCCUCGCAGAAGGAAGCAAUCCAAAUCUUGUGAAAGUGAUUAUGAAAGUGAAGAACUACUUGGAAGUGACAUUGAUGAAAAGUUGUCUGCUAGGGCUACCAAAAAAUGGGAUACAGUUAUAAACCGUGUUUUGAGGUCAGAUUCUGGUCUGCUAGUCACCACUUAUGAGCAACUGCGGGUACUAGGAGAGAAAUUACUUGAUAUAGAGUGGGGUUAUGCUGUAUUAGAUGAAGGUCAUCGGAUUCGAAAUCCUAAUGCAGAAAUUACUCUUGUUUGCAAGCAGCUGCAGACAGUACAUCGCAUCAUAAUGACUGGUGCUCCUAUACAGAAUAAGCUUUCUGAGUUAUGGUCUUUAUUUGAUUUUGUCUUCCCUGGAAAGCUGGGUGUCCUGCCUGUGUUUGAGUCAGAAUUUUCUGUUCCGAUUUCUGUUGGAGGUUAUGCUAAUGCGACACCAUUGCAAGUUUCCACUGCCUACAGAUGUGCCGUGGUCUUACGUGACUUGAUCAUGCCAUAUCUUCUAAGACGAAUGAAGGCUGAUGUAAAUGCCCACCUACCGAAGAAGACUGAACAUGUCCUUUUCUGCAGCCUGACUUCAGUACAGCGAUCAAUUUAUCGAUCAUUUCUCGCUAGUUCAGAGGUCGAACAGAUAUUUGAGGGUAGCAAAAACACUUUGUAUGGAAUUGAUGUGAUGCGCAAAAUUUGUAACCAUCCGGAUCUUUUAGAGAGAGAACAUUCUCGUAGUGAUCCUGACUAUGGAAAUCCCGAGCGCAGUGGGAAAAUGAAAGUUGUUUCUGAAGUGCUUAAGCUGUGGAAUGGUCAAGGUCACCGUGUACUCUUUUUUACUCAGACACAACAGAUGCUCGAUAUUUUAGAAAAUUUUCUAGUCACUAACGGCUAUAACUAUAGGCGAAUGGAUGGUGCAACACCUGCAAAGCAAAGAAUGGCUUUAAUAGAUGAAUUUAAUAUUGCAGAUGAAGUUUUUAUCUUCAUCUUGACUACAAAAGUUGGUGGCCUCGGAACAAAUUUAACUGGUGCCAAUAGAGUCAUUAUCUUUGAUCCUGACUGGAACCCAUCUAAUGAUAUGCAGGCCAGGGAGCGUGCUUGGCGUAUUGGUCAGAAGAAAGAUGUGAUUGUUUACAGGUUAAUUACCCGUGGAACUAUUGAGGAGAAGGUGUAUCACAGACAGAUAUACAAGCACUUCCUGACCAACAAAAUCUUGAAGAACCCACAGCAGAGACGGUUUUUCAAAUCUCGUGAUUUGAAAGAUCUCUUCACCUUGAAUGAGGAUGGGGAGAAUGGAUCUACAGAAACAUCUAAUAUCUUUAGCCAGUUAAAUGAGGAUGUAAAUAUUACUGGGCCUGAACACCCUAAUCAGGAAAUGGAUACAUCCACUCAAACAAAGCCAGCAUAUCAGGCCACUGAUCUGGAAAAAGAUAAUGACACAAGAAGCAAUGGCGAAGAGAAAGAGAAAGCUUAUAACAGCAAAGGUGAAGUAGAGGAAGAAACUAGUAUCUUGCAGAGUCUUUUUGAUGCAAAUGGGAUUCAUAGUGCAUUGGAUCACGACGCCAUCAUGAAUGCUCAUGAUGAAGAGAAACUAAAGCUAGAAGAGCAAGCCUCACAAGUUGCACAGAGAGCUGCAGAAGCAUUGCGCCAGUCACGAAUGCUUCGGAGGCAAGAAAGCGUGGCUGUCCCAACCUGGACUGGCAGAUCUGGAACUGCAGGGGCACCAUCAUCUGUCAAAAAGAAAUUUGGUUCUACCAUUAACCCUCUUUUGGUAGCUACUAGUUCAAAGUCCUCGGGAGAGUCAUCGUCCAAAAACAGCAGGCCAAAUGGAAUUGCUGCUGGGGCAUGUGCAGGUAAAGCACUAUCUUCAGCUGAGUUGCUGGCCAGGAUCAGAGGCAACCAAGAAAGGGCAGUUAGUGAUGGGCUAGAGCAUCAGUUUAAUUUGGUAUCAAGCUCUAGGAUGUCUAAAGGUGGCUCGAGUGGGAUGCAGCCAGAAGUCCUGAUCAGGCAAAUUUGUACAUUUAUUCAACGGAAAGGUGGACGAACCAGUUCAGCGAGCAUCGUAGACCAUUUUAGAAGUAGGGUAUCAUCAAAAGAUUUGGCAUUAUUUAAGGGUCUUUUGAAGGAGAUUGCAACUCUGGAGAAAAAUGAGAAUGGAUCUUUUUGGGUUCUUAACCUAGAAUAUAUGGAACAGUAGCAAUAUCAGCUGCUACCUGCUAAACAAAUAACAUAUACAUGUGUUUUUGGCCGUCUCAUCCUUCGGAUGGAAUACAUAGUUUGAUGAUGUGGAGCUGGACAUGGGCUGGUUACCAUCUGGUUCCGGACUGGCCAGUUCCUGCCACUUGAGGCAUAAUCUGUAACAAAAAUUGUUAGACGGCGUCAUUGUGCCGCCAGUUCUGGCUGAAACUAAACAGGCAGUUCCUACCCAGUUUUGUAUCCUUUAAAUCAUUACGGGAACUGGCCUGUUCGGUUUUAUUUGGAGGGAAAUGGCCUAUUCAGGAUUAUUUGGUUUCCAGAUAACAUGCCGACCAGUCCCAUCCGGAAGUCCGGAACCAGGACUAUAUCCAACACUAGUUUGGUGCUUAGAUAUUUUUGUACCUCAUAGAGUUAUAGGUAGGUUGAUUGUGUAGCGCUUUUUGACCUAGUGUAUACACAAUUUUGCGAGCAACGGGACUCGAGAAAUGAGGCAUAGGUAAUCCAUUUUUUUUCUUCCAAAAAGUAGUCUU